AUGAACGACGAUUUGAAAUAUUGGCAUGCGACAGAUGGAGAAAUAACUUUAUCAACAGAACGAUUUAAACAUGGUACAUCGAGUUUAAAAUGGGAAUGGUCAUCAUCAGCAGCAGCAUUGACUUAUACCAAUCCCGAAGCUUUUCAUUCUCUAAAAUGGGCAAAUAAUAAAUGUUUUGCAUUUUGGUUAUUCAAUAGUCAAGAAUCUAAUAUCGAUGAAAAUAAUCCUCAACAACCACUCUAUAUUGAAUUUUUAAGUGAAAAAGAUAAUAAACCUAUUGCCCAUCUUUGGUAUCAUGUUAAUUUUUAUGGUUGGCGACCAAUAGGUAUACGUUAUGGACUUUUAUCACAAUUUAAAACUAAUUUAACUCGUAUACAUGGUAUUCGUUUUACUUCACCAUCAAAUGUUUCAAAUGGUGUUUAUUUUAUAAAUGGUAUUAAUUUUGAUUAUACACAUACAGUUGGACCUAAAGCUGAUUAUCAACAACCUUGGGCAACACCAGAAAAUAUUAAACGAUUAACUGAUGAUCCAUCAAAAUGGUUAUUUAAUUCAAAGAAUAUUUUUUAUAAUCGUCCAUGGUUAGAAGAACAAAAAAUCAAUGUAACCGAUGAUGAUAUUGAUAAAUUAAAAACUCGUUGGCUUAAAACUAUACCUUAUGGAACAUGGUCACCAACUACAAAACCAGAAACAUUUCAAAAAUUACAAGAGUUAGUAGAAGUCUAUGGAAUUAAACCGGAUACGAUUUCAAAUGUUCCAUUAGGUAAAGGUGGUUUUUAUUCUCCAACAAAUGCGUUAGAUAUUCAACCUUUUCUAUUGGGUCCAUUAAAACGAACUGCAACAACAUAUCAAUGUCAUCGACAUAGUCAAACUUUUGAAAGCGAAGAAGGUCAAAAUGUUUGGAUAUUAUUACAACAAUUAUGUGAUUAUUUAUUAGAACAAGGAUGGGCUGAAGGAAAUUUAAAUGUUGAAGGCCAUUUAGAUAUCGGAUAUGAAAUUCGAUAUUUCCCAAUGUGUCUUGUUUAUAUUCGUGAACAACUCAAUGAAAUUCCUCGAUUACAAUCAAUGAUUACAUCAGGUAUAUGGAUUAUGUAUGGAAAUUUACUUAUUGAACAACAAACAUCAACAAUGGGUACUGAUAUUAUUCAUAAUUAUCUUACUAAUGUUGUACGACUUAUUGUUUGUAUAUCAGAUCAAGAUGAACUUAUUCGACGUAUUAUUGCAUUUCGAUAUCUUUUGGAUUAUUCAUUUGAAAAUCGUAUUCAUGAACCUCUUGCUUUAGAUGGAACUGUACAUCAUCAUUGGAUGUGUCAUUUUGAAUAUGCAUCUUAUUCAUUACCUGAUAUACUUAAUUUAGUAUCGGAUAUGAAUGAUACAUCAUUUCAAUUUUCUGAUAAUAUUCGUCGUAUUCUUCGACGUUGUAUUCAUACUUUAAAUUUUUGUCUUAUUGAAAAUGAUAAAAUACCACCAAAUCUUAGUGGUCGAGCAGGAAAAUUUGUUACAUGUAACGGAAUUAAUAUGACUAAAAAAUGUGUAUGUAUUUGUGAUCGAGAUCAUACUUAUGAUCCAUUUGUUGCUGGAAUGCUUGUCGAUAUGUGUCCAAAGACUGAUAAAAGUAUUAUACCGUAUAUCAAUGAUGGUGUUGAUCCAGUUCCACUCGAAGGCCAUUUAACAUUGAAUUCAACUGCUGCUUGUAUUCAUCGACGUCAAAAUUUCUUCGCUUGUAUUGUUGGUAUGGGUAAAAAUCGACGUGGUCUUGAAAUAUAUGGUUGGUUAUCCGAUACAAAUAAUUAUGGUGAAUAUGUUCGUAAUUGUUCUAUAUUUAUUGCACCAGCUGAUAAUCAAGGUAUCAUUAAAUAUUCUAAUGCUGGUUGUGCUUAUCCUGGUUGGCAAUGGUCACAUUGGCCUGGUACAACAUGUUUAUUAAAACCACGUUCAGAAUUAUUUGAAGGUUAUUGUAAUUUAACAGCAAAAAAUUGGUUAGCUGGUGGUACAUCAAUCGCUAAUAAAGAUGGAAUGUUUAGUAAUGAUUUUUUUGUAUGGGAUGUUGCUUUUCGUCGUUCAGUUUAUUGUUUUGAUAAUCGUAUUACAGUUUUAACAUCAAAUAUUAAAUUAUUACAACAACAAAAACGUCCGGUUAUAACAACAUUAUUUCAAUCGAAUUUUUCAAAUUUAGAAAAAUUAGAACAAACACCAUUUAUAUUAAAUAAUGAAGAAGAAAUCAAUGAAUUUCCUUAUGAAAAUACAAUAGAAAAUCAUGAUUUACAUUCAAUAACUGAUCAUAGAAAUCUUACAUAUUAUUUACAUCCAAAUGAAAAUUCUAAUGAAUCCUUUCGUAUUGUAUUAAAACGUUCUGAACAAGAGAUGAUCUAUUGUAAUCCAUAUUAUUUAAUUGAUUCAAAACAAAAUCCAAUAGUUGAUAUAAAAACAAAAAAAUUUCAAGAACCAAAAUUUGAAGAUAAUGAAAAAUAUUUUAAAACAACUAAAGAUAAAUAUGGUCUUGGUUAUAUUGAACAUUUAAAUGUUGAUGAUAGUACGAGUUCAUUUGUUUAUACCAUUCUUGUUGGGCAUGAACAAUCAAAUGAAUGGAUGGAAGAAUUUUCUCAUCCAUCAAAAGAUCCUUGGUCAACAGAAGAACUCACUGAUUUACCUCCAUCAAUUAUUUUAUCGAAAAGUGAUGAUACACAUAUUUUUUAUGAUCGAAAUACGGAUACAACAUGCUAUACAUGUUAUUCAAAAGAACGUCUUGAAGUUAAUAUUGGUCUUGUUCGAUCAUUUGGACAACCAUGUAUGUCAAUGGUACGUGGUCGUGGACCAGGAUCAAUAACAAUUAGUAUUGCAACAACUGAUUUUAUGCUUAAUGAAACAAUGUGGAUGUUAUUAAAAGGUAAAUGGAAUAAUGCUCAAUUAAUAAGUGAUGAUGAAAAUGGUUGUGUUCAUGUACGAUCAGAAUUAGUGGAUGAUGAAAAUACAAAAAUUACUAUUUGGCAACGUAUCUAUAUGCCCGUUGAAUUCCAUAUUGCUCAAAUGGUUGACUAA